UCGCCGCUGCCAUACUCCGGUGCCCGGUGCCGGGCUGCCGCCCAUGGCGCGCCCGCCCGGCGGGGAGAGCCCGCGCUGCGCCGCCCGCCGGCUCCACGCGAGAAUGGAGGCGUCCUGCCUGGAGCUGGCCUUGGAAGGAGAGCGUCUGUGCAAGGCUGGGGACUUCAAAGGUGGCGCAGCCUUCUUCGAAGCAGCGGUGCAAGUGGGGACAGAAGACCUGAAGACUCUCAGUGCCAUCUACAGCCAGCUAGGCAAUGCCUAUUUCUACCUAAAGCAGUACUCUAAGGCCCUGGAGUACCAUAAGCAUGACCUUACCCUGGCAAGAACCAUUGGGGACCGCAUUGGAGAAGCAAAGGCAAGUGGCAACCUUGGGAAUACAUUGAAAAUACUUGGGCAGUUUGAUGAAGCUGUUGUUUGUUGCCAGAGGCACUUGGACAUUUCUCAGGAGCAGGGAGACAAGGUAGGUGAAGCCAGAGCUCUCUAUAAUAUAGGCAAUGUUUACCAUGCAAAGGGAAAGCAUUUAUCUUGGAACAUGGCACAAGACCCAGGCUAUGUGCCUCAAGAAGUCAAGGACACACUACAGAAAGCUUCAGAGUAUUAUGAGAGGAACCUGUCUCUGGUGAAAGAGCUGGGGGACAGAGCUGCCCAGGGCCGUGCUUAUGGCAACCUUGGCAACACCCAGUACCUACUUGGCAACUUCAGUGAAGCUAUAGCCUUCCACAAGGAGCGCCUUGCUAUUGCUAAGGAGUUUGGGGACAAGGCUGCUGAGCGGAGAGCGUACAGCAACCUGGGCAAUGCGCACAUCUUCCUCGGGAGGUUUGACAUCUCUGCUGAGUACUACAAGAAAACUCUCCAACUCUCCAGACAACUCAAAGACCAAGCAGUAGAAGCCCAGGCUUGCUACAGUCUUGGAAACACAUAUACACUGCUUCAAGACUAUGAAAGAGCAAUUGAGUACCAUCUAAAACACCUGGUGAUAGCACAGGAGCUGGGAGACAGGGUGGGAGAAGGAAGAGCCUGCUGGAGUCUUGGAAAUGCCUAUGUCUCCCUGGGAAGCCAUGAACAAGCCCUGCACUUUGCAAGGAAACAUCUUGAAAUCUCCCAAGAGAUUGGGGACAGGAAUGGUGAGCUGACAGCGCAGGCGAACAUGGCCCAGCUCAGGUCGGCUCUUGGCCUGGGCCCUGGGGAUGAGGACGGCACUGUGGCCCACCGUUAUUCUGGCUACGAAGCGCAAGGGGCCAGGCCAAAGAGGAUCCAGCGAAACAGCAUGGACAGCUUAGACCUCCUGAAGUUCCCUUCUGAAAAGGACCAGAAUGGUGACAACCAUCAUGUGGGAGACCUGAAGAUCUCAGGAAAAGAGUUCUUGUCUUUACCAGUGCGAUCAAAGAAAUACCGAGAGCACCAAUCCAACUCAGAAAGAAGGUCCCACGGGUCGAGCACAUCGCCGCUGGACACGAGUGAAGUCCGAGUCCAGGUGUCACAAUCGAAAAUCAACCGGACCCCUUCGGACGAGGAAUGCUUCUUUGACCUGCUGAGCAAGUUCCAGAGCAACCGGAUGGAUGAUCAGCGCUGCCCGCUGGAGGAAUGCCCGGCGGAGGCUGCGGAGGCAGCUGCCACGCCAGUCCCUGCCCUGGAAGAACGAAUAUCACAGUCCUCGCUAAUGGCGUCUCCGCAGACGGAGGAGUUCUUUGAUCUCAUUGCCAGCUCCCAGAGCAGACGGCUGGAUGACCAGCGUGCCAACGUGGGCAACCUGCCAGGCCUCCGGAUAACACACAACAACCUGGGGCACCUGCGUGUGGAGGGAGAUGCCCAGGAGCCAGGGGAUGAGUUCUUCAACAUGCUCAUGAAGUGUCAGUCCUCCAGGAUAGAUGACCAGCGCUGCGCACCACCCGACUCCAUUCCUCGUGGCCCCACCAUGCCUGAUGAAGACUUCUUCAGCCUCAUCCAACGCAUCCAGGCCAAACGCAUGGACGAGCAGCGGGUAGAUUUGGCCUCAGCCCAGGAAGAGGCAGCAGAGGAGCAGCAGAGGCCCAGUUCCAGCUAAAAACUCGGGUUGGUUUGGAGGGUUUGUUUUAGUUUCAUUUUGUUUUUUAAAAAGAAAAUAAGCGUAGGUGGUUUCAAACCUGAGCACUCCUGCUCUACCACAGACUUCUCCCAGGAGCCACCCCAGGGACGUCAUGUUGCACCUGGCUGGUUUGCAGAGGCAGUGUUACAUGAAGGCCCACCAGCUGGGGGAUGGUUUUUAAACAUGGGUUUUAUUUUAGGUAAUGUGGCCACUGUUACACUGGACAAAGCACAAGGGAAGGUGACUUUGGCAGCCCCUUUGCUUGUCACCUAAAAACCCAGGAACUUGUGCUGUCAGCCAAAGGAGGAGCCCAGAGAGGGUAGUUAACUCCAGCCUCCAGUGUUUAUUUCCACAACACUUUUAAUUUGAUGGGAAAAGGGAAGAGCCACCUUCUCAUUUUGGAAUCCUCCCAUCUUGUCUGCAUCAUGAGAUGACAUAGAUUGCUUUGGAUCCUUCCCUGGAAUAUCUCACUCAACUUUCCUCUGCAUCUACAGGAGGAAAUGAGUCCAGGUCAGAGGCUACACAGGAUCUUUGAAAACCUUACCCCAGCUCCAGCUGCCAUCACAUUCCCUUGCACAGUUAGUUUCUUCUGGGGUUGCUGAGGACUCUGGAGUAAGUGCCCUGUGCUAUACCCUCUGCUUCCCCACCCCCACUCCUGUGCAGAGUUGUACCAGGACCUGCUGACCAAGAGCUAAGACUCUCCCGCUCUUAGCUUCUAGCACCUGGGGCGUUUGGAGACCCUCUAGGCAUCUAGAGAACAUGUGUGCAGCAAAGCCCCCUGAAAGGUAACUGCCAGCUGUGUAGCCCAAACUGCAGGCCCAGGAUAGGGGCACCUGGAUAAGAAGGAAGUGUCUGUCCAUCUCUCUAGCACACAAACCAGACUUAGCAACUCAUUGCUUUUGGUGCAGCUGCAACCAGAAGUCUCAUACAGGGUUGGGCCCUGAUGCGCAGGCACAGCAGGUGAGUGCACCCAAGGCAGGAGCCUGCGUUUGGCAUUGACCUGCUUUGACAGCCAGCAAAAUUUUCUGGCCAUGGCUUGUCAUAAAAGCAAGCAGAACCACCACCCCUCCCUUUGUGCCCAGCACCAGUGGGGAUAAUUAAUAGCUCCUUCCUCCUCUUAUUUCUCCUGGAAACAGUACUGUGCUGCUCCCAUCCCCUGCACACCCUGGUAGAGCUGCUCGAGGCAAGGCACUCCUGUUUUGCCCAAUCUACUUAGUACCAUUUCAGCAAGAAAUGGAGUCCCUUCAGAGCCCCAAGAUAGGGUGUUAGCUGGGAAGUCAGUCCCAGCUCACACGUGGGUACCAGGAGCUACACUUAUUUUCAUUCCUCCUUUUUUGGAAAAGUGGGAAAGGCAAGGCCGGAGAGGAGGGAGCAGGGAUCUAACUUCAGAAAGUAGAGUAUCUUCUUUCUUGAUUUGACCAGAGAGGCCAUCUUGGAUUUCAUAAACUCCAGCAAUGAGUUCUGCCAAAGUAGAUAUGUUCCUAUAGAGAAAUAGAUUUUGAACAAAUCAGCACUUUCCUAACUGAAAUGCAUUUAAUGGAAACAUUUCCAACCAGCAGUAAGAUUUUUAGACCAGUGAUGCUGCUCAUCGGGCAUUUAACCUGCCUGCACUGACCAUUUGGAGGGGUAGCUGCAUUUUACCUGCCACCAGGGAGCACUCACCUGCUGCACUGCUGCAUGGAUCACUCAGCAGAGACUCAACCUCCUUACUGUGGCAGGUCAAAGCUCUGGAGAUGCUGUGCUGGAGAACCAGAUAAGUGGAACCACCCAGCCACGUACGUACCAAGUUAGCUUAUGUUUCUAAAUGGGAGGAAAACGUUGAAGAUGAAGAAGACUUGACCAGCUGCAGGAGUGGGUCUAUGCAGCUCUCGGCCAGGCGGUGAACUGGAAUCUGACCGUUAAGCUUUCAGAGGUGUUAAUUAUUUGCCAUAUACUUGAAUGUAUGAGCUUAUUUAUUUUUUACAUGUGCAUUUGCUAAUGUCAUUUUAAUGGGGAAUUUCCAACCCACAGGUACUUUUUUUUCUAAAAAAUAAUCUGCCAAAUGAAUUAAUAUAUUAGAAACAAAUACAGCUCAGUGGGAAAGGGAGGUUGUGCUUAAUAAAUAUUUGUGUCUAAGCUUCAGUGACAAAAA